UGUCGGUACCAUGCUGGCUGCCAGUGUUCGCAGGUUCACCACCUCCGCCAUCCGCAGGAGCCACUAUGAGGAAGGUCCCGGGAAGAACCUUCCAUUUUCUGUGGACAACAAAUGGCGAUUACUCGUACUAAUGUGUGGAUUCUUUGGAAGUGGAUUUGUUGCCCCUUUUGUUAUAGUCAGACACCAGCUGCUUAAGAAAUGAAGAGGACAGACUGUAAUUGCACUAACUGG